AUGAACACGGAUACUUUUUCAGGUAAGUUUGAUUACUUCAUUUUGCAUAUCAAGGAUAUAUCACUUCAUUGUGACAGCAUUAAAUCAUUCAUCAUUCAUCAAAAACAACGAACAAUGAUGCGAGAUCCAAUUUCACCUGAAGAGAAGUUAGCUGUCACUUUGCGAUUCCUUGCAACUGGUGAAAGUUACGAAAGUUUGAUGUAUCAAUUUCGAAUUCAUAAAACAACUAUCUCUCAGUUCAUACUAACUGUUUGCCAAGAAAUUUAUUUGUCUUUCAAGGAUCAAUACUUACAUCUACCUAACACCAAAGAGGAAUGGAUGGCGCAAGAGGAAAAGAUUCGAACGCGUUGGCAAUUUCCAAAUUGCAUUGGUGCUGCUGAUGGGAAACACAUAUCUAUUCUACAUCCUAAGGAUUCUGGGUCAGAAUUCUAUAAUUAUAAAGGAUUCUUUUCAAUUGGAAGAAUAAGCGACGGCGGUGUUUAUAGAAACAGCUAUUUUUACAAAGCUUUAGAAAAUGGUGACUUAAAUCUUCCAGAUUGUAAGCCCCUGCCACAGUUUCCUGAUCCAAACUGGGCUUAUGAUCAGAACAACGAGCCUAUUCCUUACGUCUUUGUUGGAGAUGAUGCGUUUCCAUUAACCAACAACUGCAUGAAACCUUUCGCACAAAGGAAACUUACACCGAGAAAUAGAAUAUUCAAUUACCGUUUGUCACGAUUUCGCCGCAUUAGUGAAAACGCGUUUGGAAUAUGGGUGAACCGUUUCAGAGUAUUCUCCACCAAGCUCAUGCUAAGUCCUGAAAAAGCAACUAUCAUUACGCUUGCCUCACACGUUUUGCACAAUAUGUUACGAGAUUUGUCGAAAGAGAGUUAUACACCUCAAUGGUUCAUCGAUUUUGAAUGCGAAAACGGAGAAGUUGAACUUGGGCGCUGGAGAGAAGGAAGCUACACCGAAUCCAUUAUUCAGAAAUUGCCAGUGAACAGAAGUAAUAGAGCGACCAACUCAGCUGAGUAUAUCAGAGAAGUGUUCGCAGACCACUUUUAUGGAUCAGGACAAAUACCAUGGCAAUGGAAUCAGCUAUAA